AUGGCUUGAUCUAAGUAGAAACACAACAGACAAGUUAUUUUUUUCCUGAUCCAAACCAUGCCAUCAAUAAUCCAUAUCUAUACAUAAAUGUGGACACCCUCUUUGUCUUCCAGCCAUCAGAUAGCAAUGCUAAGGCCACUGAACCAUCUAAAAGUUCCAGCUGAUAAAACUAUGAAGACCAAGGAAACCAUGGAGGGAAUUUUUCUAAAAGAAGGCAUCUUAUUUGACGCCCUAUGUAGGUCUCUUCCCGGGCCCCUUCAGUAGAAAUGGCUCAAGAAGUAGAAAUGUGUGAAGAGGGAACAAACUGCUAUAUUGUCUGUUCCUCCUAAAGUUGUCCCUCCUCCCUCAAGAAACAGGAAGAGAGAGAGAGAAGCCAUUUCUUAAGAAGAACCCCUUUUCUUAAAACCCGAAGGCUCUUCACCAAAAAUCUCUGUUCAGGCACUACCAUGGCCUUUGGUCUGUAUUUCUUUAUCUUGCUUCUCUGGACUUUUCAAUGCAAAGCAGGGUCUCUUAAUGUACAAGACGAAUCUUUAAUCCAGAUUGGUUUUGGCAAUGAACCCAUUAUUACAAACUGCACGGCUACCAUGGCUUGUAAACCUGAAUAUGCAGACUUCGAAAUUUAUUAUUAUCGGAUUGACCAAGAAGGCAACAAAAUCACUGUACAACACAAAUUAUAUACUCAACAAAUUCCUUCUGGGUGUAAUGUGAAUAGAACAUGGACAAAGAAUUACAGACUUCGCAUUGAACCUAUUGACCAUACUUCUGUUACUGGCACCUAUUACUGUGAAGUCAAAUGGAAAUCAUCAACAGUAAGGGGAAAUGGGACAUUUAUACUUUUUAGAGACAGAGGAUACAUAGAACCAUCUGAUACUUUACAGAUGAUUCUCAUCACUAUUAUCAUUAUUUUAGCUAUUUUGACCAUUGUGGGAACAAUCUUGCUGCUCUGGAAGAGAAAGAUGGUGUGGCCUUGGAAAAGCCGUGUCAAGAAGUGCCCAGAUCAGAAUCCAGUGACUCAACAUGCUUCGAGCCACUUAGAACUUCCUGACCCUAUGUACACUGAUUUAGAACCCCAUCCAUCUCACAUCUAUUUGACCUUUGAGAAAAAUGCAAAUAGCCCAUCACAUAAAAAGAUGCCUAUAGCGAAGAUGUGCCAGCAGGAAACACAAGGAGGAAUCCAAGACAUCUAUGAGAACAAUAUCACAGAUUUGUAUGAGAACAUCUAAUGAAAAAGAUUGCACUACACAAUUCUGUAUUCCUUCAGUUCAAAGCAACUAUCUGGACUCCUACAGUCAUUACACAUGACACAAGCACACUGUGGUAGAAGCAAAAUGAUUCACCGAUUUUGUGACAGAACAGUAACCUGCAAAUGCACCUGGAACAGCCCAAUAUUGUUCCUACUCAGCCUACCAAAUCCAUCUCUGUGACAUUAUUUCUUUCAGGUAAACUGAACCAGCUAAUGAAACAACAACAACAACAACAACAACAACAACAACAACAACAACAACAACAACAACAACAACAACAACAACAACAACAACAACAACAACAACAUGACAAUGUGAAACCAGGUGGAAGAUUUGGUAGAAAACCUGGAAUCUUUUCAGCUUGUCAAAAUUAUCUGUAACGUCAGUUCUAGAGGAAGUUCAUUUAGGAACUUCAUGGUGCAGUUGUUAAACUCUGCUCACAACCAGGGUUCAAUUCCAGGUAUUCAGCUCAAGGUUACUCAGCCUUCCAU